AUGGAGUUCCGAAGCCUCAUUCGACCAGCCGCCAGGCUAUUCAGCCCUCGUGCUGCCCUUCCUACCAUUCCUUGCCGUGGCCACAAGACAACAAGCCGAACGAAACGAUCUCUAAAGAUUGCUCCUCACGAGUCCUUUCUCCCAGACCGAAAGGCAGCCUUCCCCGCCUCCGACUCUAUCAUCUACAACCCUCCUUCUUCCGAGGCCUCUCCUCUUCACACACCUUUCAUCUUCCUCCCACAUAGCGACCCUCGCCGUGCCGCUCUCACACGAAUGCGACACACUCCCGGCUCUCCUCUAGAACCUAUCGCACCCGGCAAACUUGCCCCAAAGAUGGACUAUCCUCGCCGCAAUCCUGUAUACAACCUCAAGGCUGAGGAUAUCAGGGAGAUGAAGCGACUAAGGGCAGAUGAUCCCAUCACAUGGAGUGUGAAUAAGCUGGCUGAAAAGUUUGGCUGCUCGCCUGUUUUCGUCAAGAUGGCUGCUCCUGCGCCCAAGUCAUAUCUUGAGGGUCUUAAGCGCAAGCAGGAGAGAAGGGAAUCACGAUGGGGUGCUAUUCGAACCGCCGCAAGAGAGGACCGCAAGAGGAGGACAGACAUGCUGUACCGUGGCGAGUUGUAA